GAUCACCAUGAUCACUGGCUUCGAAACCUUCAAUGCGCGGCUCUACCGCGCUGCGGCGAGGCGCGCGGUGGAGGGCGUGGAGGGCUUGUCGGUCUGCGUCUUCACCGAUAAGGACAUUUCUGAAAGACGUGAUGUUGUGGAGGAGGUGCUGAAAGAGACAGACGUGCUGUUUUGCUCGUUGGUCUUCGACUUCGACCAGGCUGCGUGGCUGAAGGAGUCUUGCCAAAGCAUCGAGGUGCGGAUGGUUUUCGAGUCUGCCUUGGAGCUAAUGUCCGAGACCAAGGUCGGCUCCUUUUCGAUGAGCGGCGGCGGUGGUGGUGGAAUGCCUCCAGCAGUCCGCUCCAUGAUCUCCAUGCUGACAGGUCAGCGGGAGGAAGACCGAAUUGCUGGAUACACGAAGUUCCUUAAGACUGGUCCAAAGCUGCUCCAGUUCCUUCCGCAGUUCGGCCCAAUCCCAGACCUGCGGCGGUGGCUUCAAAGCUACGCGCUGUGGAGUGGUGGCGGAGGCGGCAACGUCGCUUCCAUGCUCCGAUACAUUGCAAGUGAAUUCGGCGGCUUCGAAGAUCUCCAGGCCGAGGAGAUGGAGGAGACAACAGCAGACGUCCCGCCCAAAACUCUGGAUGUCGUAGAGAUUCCCCAG